CUAGCUCACUCACUACGACCUCGCUCGCUGGGGAGACAACUCGGGAGGAUUAAGGACUGAUUAGCACACAUCAUCAUUGAGGUUGAAAGACUAACGAGCUCGAUCUCUCUUGACUUGAGGUCGACAGAGAGGAGAGGGGACGAGUGAGCUUGACAGGAAUGGAAGGGCAGUUUGGUUGGGGGAGAGAGGAGGGAGGGUGGAGGAAAGGGCCAUGGACGGCGCAGGAAGAUAAGCUCCUGGUCGAGUACGUCAGGCAGCAUGGAGAAGGGAGGUGGAACUCUGUCGCCAAGCUGACUGGUCUGAAGCGAAGCGGCAAGAGCUGCCGACUUCGGUGGGUGAACUACCUGAGGCCCGACCUGAAGAGAGGCAAGAUCACGCCGCAGGAGGAGAGCGUCAUACUCGAGCUCCACGCCCUGUGGGGAAACAGAUGGUCGACGAUCGCGCGCAGCCUGCCGGGUCGGACGGACAACGAGAUCAAGAACUACUGGCGGACGCACUUCAAGAAGGGCAAGCCGUCCAAGAACAUCGAGCGCGCCAGGGCGCGGUUCCUCAAGCAGCGGCGCGAGAUGCAGAGCCAGCUGCUGCUGCAGGGACAAGAUCAUCACCAGCAGAAGGAGAAACAGCCCGAUCACCACCACGACGACGACGACGACGACGACAAGGACACCAGCAGGGACAGGGAGGCAGCAGCGCCGGCGGCCGUUUCACUGGCGCAGCAGAACGAGGAGGACCUGCGGAUGCUGCAGCAGGACAUGGACGACCUGCUGUUCCAGUUCUGCCCAAUGGCCUCCUGCACCUCCUCCUCCUGCCUCCUCCCCGGCGGCGGCAGCUGCGCCUCCGUCGUCAGCGCGUCGGCGAGCGAGGAGGGGUCCAGCGGGGAUCACCAGCUCGACGGCGGCGCCACGUGGGGGUGGGGCAGCCUGUGGAACCUCGACGACGUGGUGGAUGACGUCGAUGGCGGCGCCUGCGGCUGGGACGACAGCAGCUUCCCUUUGCUGCAGGAUCAAGGGCUCGCUUUCUACUAGCAGCUGCUAACUGUGUACCCUACAAAUUUAUAUAGUACAAUUAGAUGUUCUCUUUUCGUCUUCGACUGCUUUCUGCUGCGGCCAAUGUGUGGAGGGUGAGAGCGAGAGGCCACUCUGAUUGUUGCGUUGGAUAAGGAUGCAACACCAACCAAAGCCCACUUCGAGCGAGCAGCAUGUCUUCAUGACUUGUUUAGCUCGUCUUUAACCACCUUUUUUCCAAGAGGGAUGAGAGAGUUUUUUCUCUUUUUUUUAGAAAAAAGGAGAUAUAAGAUCAUGGUGUGUUGAAAGUGCAACUUAGCUCAUGUACUUCCAUUUUACAUCCCCAACCUCAACAUGUGUAUUUAGGGGCAUAGUUAUGCUGCCUUUGAGUUCUCCAAUAUGUAUCUUCAAGAAUUUGUUAGUGUAUCUCCAAUAAUAGUAGUGGAACUAUAGUGGCGAUGCGGAACAAUGCAAGGGACCGAAGAGUCAAGGGAGCAGGGUUCUAAAAUAGAUCAAAAUAGCACAACUAUAUUUUCAUUAUAGCUUUUUCAUAGGAUCUACUACUAUGAUAUUGUUAACAGUUCAGCUAUUUUCACUAA